AUGACCAAUACAACAGAAACAGAGGAAGAGGAGGAUAUUCUAUUUUCGUUAUAUUUAGUGGUAAUAUUCGGCAUCAUUAUAUCUAUCUGCGUAUUUUUUGGCUUUGUUGGAAACCUAUUGACAAUCUUAGCCUAUGUCCGUGAUAAACAACUUCACUCUGUCUACAACGCGUUUCUAUUAAAUCUCGCGGUGACGGACAUUCUACUGAGUAUAAUUAGCAUGCCGUUUUACGCCGUGUAUACACUGGAAACAUACACAUGGCCAUUUGGUUACCAUUUCUGUAAAGCUUACAUGACUAUAGAUUUUACUCUAUGUCUAGAAUCAGUAUUAAUGAUGAUAGUUAUCAGCAUAGAUCGGUUACUGUUGUUAAAAUUUGGACCUCAUUAUUCUUUAAAAGUCACAAUGAAAAAGGCCUAUAUACAGAUCGGUGUCACGUGGUUGUUGGCAUUCCUGUUGUAUGGACCAGCAAUAAUCGGAUGGGAUAUUUGGACGGAUGAAAAUAUCGUUGAAGAUGAAGAUUGUGACGUACAGUUUGCCCAUGACAAAGCAUUUACCACUGCCACGGCAUUUAUAGAAUUUGGGAUUCCGUUUUGUUGUAUUGUAAUAGUUAACGGUGUUAUUUAUAACGAAAUAAGAAAGAGAAAUGUCGUCGGUGUUAUUCCAAGCAAGCCGUCAAAUCACACCAAUGGCAAGCCUAAACGUGAAGUUAAAGCUGUCCGAUUUUUAGCAGCCUUGAUCGUAGUGUUCUUCGUUACAUGGGUGCCAUAUACUGUCACCACGAUCAUCAUAGCAUUCUGUGAGGAUUGUGUCAACACAGAUCUCUAUGAAGUUUUUAACUGGGUUCUAUGGUCCAAAGCAGCCAUGAAUCCUUUUCUGUACGCAUAUAACAGUACGAGAUUUAGGAAAAACUUUUCAGAAAUGGUUCCAUGUUUCAGAUCAUUUGGAAUCUCUAAAGAAAAAGAACAUUCAGUAACGCCUAAUACAAUUGCAGUAACGCCCAACAUAUCUUCAGUAACGCCUAACGUAUCUGCAGUAACGCCUAAUACAAUUGCAGUAACGCCUAACAUAUCUUCAGUAACGACUAACACAGUUACAGUAACGCCAAACAGAAUUGCUUAGAACUAGUCUAUUUUGAAGAAUAAUGACUGAAAAAAAUGUACGUUAUUGAUUUAUUACCAAUAAAUGUGUGACAAUCCCCGUUGGACUAUCAAAUUUUUAAUUUGCAGGAGUGAUUUAAUUAAGAUGUGUGCAGAAACAA